CGCGAGCCGUGGGUUCGCCGGGGCCGGAGUCCCAGCGCCCCGCCGCCUCGGAGCGCUGCGCAGGCGGAGGAGAUGGCGUCUCAGCCGCCGCCGCCCCCGAAGCCCUGGGAGACUCGCCGGAUUCCGGGGGCCGGGCCGGGGCCAGGACCCGGCUCCGCUUUCCAAUCCGCUGAUUUGGGUCCUACUUUAUUGACAAGACCUGGACAACCAGCACUUACCAGAGUGCCCCCACCUAUUCUUCCAAGGCCAACACACCAGACAGGAAGUAGCAGUGUGAACACUUUCAGACCUGCUUACAGCUCAUUUUCUUCAGGAUAUGGUGCCUAUGGAAAUUCGUUUUAUGGAAGCUAUAGCCCUUAUAGUUAUGGAUAUAAUGGGUUAAACUAUAACCGCCUCCGUGUAGAUGAUCUUCCGCCUAGUAGAUUUGUUCAGCAAGCUGAAGAAAGCAGCAGAGGUGCAUUUCAGUCCAUCGAAAGUAUUGUACAUGCAUUUGCCUCUGUCAGUAUGAUGAUGGAUGCUACCUUUUCAGCUGUGUAUAACAGUUUUAGGGCUGUAUUGGAUGUAGCGAAUCAUUUUUCCCGAUUAAAAAUACACUUCACAAAGGUUUUUUCAGCUUUUGCAUUAGUUAGGACUAUAAGGUAUCUUUACAGACGGUUACAGCACAUGAUAGGUUUAAGAAGAGGCUCCGAGAAUGAAGACCUAUGGUCAGAAAGUGAAAGAACUGUUGCUAGCCUUGGUGCUGAUGACAGAGCGGCUAACUCAGCAAAAUCUUGGCCAAUAUUCUUGUUCUUUGCUGUUAUCCUUGGUGGUCCUUACCUCAUCUGGAAACUGCUGUCUACCCACAGUGAUGAAAUAACAGACAACACCAACUGGGCAAGUGGUGAGGAUGACCAUGUAGUUGCUAGAGCGGAGUAUGAUUUUGCUGCCCUAUCUGAAGAAGAAAUUUCUUUCCGUGCUGGUGAUAUGCUCAACUUAGCUCUCAAAGAACAGCAACCCAGAGUGCGUGGCUGGCUGCUGGCUAGUCUUGAUGGCCAAACAACAGGACUUAUACCUGCGAAUUAUGUCAAAAUCCUUGGUAAAAGAAGAGGUAGAAAAACACUGGAAUCCAGUAAAAUUUCCAAGCAACAACAGCCUUUGACCAACACAACAUUAAUUAAAGGAGCCACAGCUGCUGAUUCUUUGGAUGAACAGGAAGCUGCCUUUGAAUCUGUUUUUGUUGAAACCAGUAAGGUUCCAGAUGUACCUAGUUCCACUGGAAUAGGUGGAGAUAAACAAGAUCUUUGAUAUCUUUUAUGUUUGCCUGCAGUUGAACUAUAGAAUACUUUUUAAAAAUUACUUAUAUAGGAAUUAUUCUAUAGUCCAAUGAACACACUUAUUGCUAUUCCAGGUGUUUUGCUGCUAGAAUUGUUCAAGUUCUACACUAGCAUGUUGGUCUAGUGACCUGGUUACAUUUUACAAGUUAUUGGGCCACAAGAAUGUUUGUUUCACCUAGAUUUUAAGGUUAUGAAAAUGUUUUAUUUUCAUCUUAUUUAAAAAUCUAUGUUUAUUGCCUGGCCCAGUUUGAGAGUUGUCCUGUACACCAAAAAGUUUGCAGGUUCAAUUCCUGGUCAGGGUGUAUACCUAAGUUUUGGUUCUAUCCCUGUUUGGGCACAUAACAGAGGCAACCAAUAUCUAUCUAUCUAAAUACCUCUCUCUCUCUCUCUCUCUCUCUCUCUCUCUCUCUCUCUCUCUCUCUCUCUCUCUCUCUCUCUCUCUCUCUCUCUCUCUCCCCCUCCUUCCCUCCCUCCCCCCACUCUCUUCCCAAUCUCUGAAAUCAAUAAACAUAUUCUCAGGUGAGGAUUUGUUUUAAAAAAGUAAAACUGAAGGAGUAAGAGUAAUGAGCUACAGAAUACACUAUUUGUUACAGUAGGGAAUAUUAAUGUUUUUAAAAUUCUACAUUGUCUUGAAAUCCUCAGAAAUUGAGUGCUAAUAAUAUGAAAACAAGAAAAAAGACUAAUUUUUUUACAACUUUAAUUAUAUUGAAUAAUUAAAAUUUUCUGAUCUGUAUUACAUUCAAUCUUGGGUUUGUUUUAGGCAAUAAAAUGUUUUUGCCCACUAAUCAUUUAUUGUGUUUUUAAAAAUUUAUCUUGGGAAAGGUCCCUAGAAGCAUUGUGAAGGAGAUGGUUCUAGAGUAUAUUUAACCCUAAUAGUUUCCCCUGCUAUUAAAAAGGCUAACAUUUAUCUUUCUUACAGAUGAUUUUCAUGUCUUCUGGGGAGCAAAUACUUUUUCCCCCUUAAAAUAUGACUAUUUUCAUCCUGGAUGAAUGAGGAUAUAGGAAAGAUUUACUUUUUCUUUCUCUAACCAGUACUCAAGUCCUUAGAGUUUGUGCAAAAUGAUAUAAUCAAUCCUAGCAUUUAACAUCUUUUCAUAGAUUCUCUUCUUCUCACUUACAUAAUUACUUUUCAAGAGUACAUAUUCAUUCAGGCUGUUCAUUGAAAUACACUUUAAUUUAGGUUUAGUUUUUACUACUUGAGGCUAUAAAUAAAAUUCUGAAUUGCCAUUUAACAUAUAAUAAAGUUAUUUGACUUUUUUUGUUUAAUAAUGACUUUAAAUGCAGUUAAAUUUCAGUAAAUAUUUACACACCCAAUUGAAAAAUUUGUAUAUUUGCUGUGAUUAUGCUAUGAAAUAAUACUAUCAGGAAUACAGGUGUACAAGAACAUAUUCACAGGUAUAUUAUUUCUCAUUUUUGGUCUAGUAGAGGCUCUGCUUUGUUUUGUUAUAGAGUAAUUAAUAGAAAUUUUGUUCUUGAAAAAUUUUUUUGAUAAAUUAUUCAAUUUGGUGUUGAGACAUCUGAACUGAAUCGUAUAAGUGAAGUGUAUAGGUGAAAUGUUGAGUCAGUCUAUUUAGGUUAGAAAAGCUGAGUCUUUACAAUAGAAUUUGUGACUGGUAUUAAAGAUGUAGAGGGGAAACAGUACAGCAUAGAAUGAAUAACAAAUAAUUUCACUUUUCUUAAAGUGUUUAUUGUAAUCUUUUUUAUUAUGACAAUUUUAGUAUACUUUUUUAGGUGAUAUUAAAUGUAAUGUUCAAGGCUUCAAUAUUGUUAUUUUUAGGAACUUAUUUAAGAAGUACCACUUUACAGAAAUUUAAAAUCAAACAUUUUUAGUUAAAUAAAAUAAUAAAUCACAAGUUACAAUAAGAAAACAGGUUUUAUUUACAAUUUUUUAUUUUAUCAGUUUAGAAAGGAAAAGGUAAGAGGACAAUUAAUUUUCAUGUUUUGACAUGCUAUUUAUGUACUUGAUUUAGUCUUUCAGUUUGUCAUAAUUACACAUUUACUUGAAGCUAGCAGUCCUUUAUCUUUACUGG